AUGGUAGAGUCCGACAGUGACGAAGAACAAGAAAUAGGAUUUAGGCCAGAAGUCAACAAUCAAUUAGAAAUGGAACCGGCUCUGCUAAAAGCGUUAGUGGAAGGUGCUGUUAACAAUGCACUCUUAGAACAAGAGAGGAGACUGAAAGACGAGUUCCGAACGGAACUCGAGACCAUUAGAGGGCAAGUUACUGCUUUAAGGAUAGAGACCCCACAGGUUGAGGUAUAUCAGAGAGUGACAAUUGACAAUAGUGUGAAGUGUGAAUUUAAGUUAGACAUUGUAAAGUCAGUGCCUAGCUUUGAUGGAAAUCAUGAGGAGUACGUGUCUUGGCGACAAGCGGCUACGUAUAACAGCCCGGCCUGGGUUGUUGAUAAGAAGGGAACAGACGCCAACGGUAAUAAGAACAAGCGGCUUGUCAUUGACUUUACGAAGUUAAAUGAGAAAACCGUCGCCGACCGUUAUCCGAUGCCAAGUAUCCAACUGAUUUUAGCUAACCUCGGAAAAGCUAAGCUGCAGGGGGAGGCGGAAGUGGCCGAAGGACUCCUUUGCCCGGAUAAUAAUCGUAUAAAAGAGGCUACAGUUCAGUUAUAUGAGGCCUUCAAGCAACCGGACGUUCUAUGGAAUCUGUGCGAAGUCCUGACAUCCACUCGUGCUGUGGAGGUGCGUCAAAUGACAGCUGUUCUACUGGAUAAGCGUCUAUCGGAUGCUGGGGUCUGGAACGGGUUAUCCUUUGAUCAGCAGAUGGGCGUCAAGAAAUAUUUAUUGGAGGCUUUGGUAGCCGAAAAGGUGCGAGCAGUGAAGAGUGCCAUCGGCCGAGUUGUUGGCACAGUGAGUCGAUAUCAUAACGAGAAAAAGGAUCAAUGGAUUUCCGACGUUCUAAAGUAUACUUUCGAACGAUGUGUUCUGGAUCCUAAUGAGAGCGAACCGGAUUCUUAUACUUUUUCUGCCAUAGCCGAAUCGGCUACAACACACUUAGCGGAUGAGAUGCCCACUGUAUGCAAGAUGUUUGAGACCAUCAUGGUUAAUUCCGAUGCCCAGAACACUUUAGCCUCACGCACUGUGGCCAAUAUGUUUAACGGAAUGGGAUAUCUGAUUCCAUUUCUAGGGGAAUACCCAGCAGGUGCUGAGUUGAUAGUCAAGUUGAUGCCUCUGAUAUUGAAGACAGUACAAUUAAAUGCUCUUAAUGGCGAUGGCGCGGAAUUUACCUUAGUCUUUGCUAUAUUCGAUGCCCUUGCAGAGUAUGUUCCGAGGGCAUUUCACGAUACCGAAGCCGUGGCGAAAUUACUUCUGGAUGCGUCGGCGUGUGAGCAAAUCGAGAAGACAAUUCGACUUCAAUGUAUGUCAUUCAUUUCUGAGUUUAUGCGUGUGAGUAAGACAGAAAUUCUCAGAAAGAAUAUGCUGCUGCCCAUCGUAAAAGUUCUAUUUGAAUUGAUAUGCAAGCAACCGGCCGAUAGCGAGGAUGACGAAUUGGAUGGCAAUAGUUAUGCGGAGGGGGCCAGUCAUGCCCUCGAUGAGAUAGCCAUGAUUGUGUCAGGUGACCAACUUUUGCCACUCUUGUUUCAGUUAAUGGAGCCGGCUAUCCAAAGUACGAACAAUCUUACUCGUCGGGCAGCCUAUAACUGCAUGGGCACUAUCUCUGAGGGUUGCAUGGAGAUCAUAUGCAAGCAAUACUUGGAGAUAAUGUUGAAUGUCAUCAAAACGGGCACACAGGAUCCCGAUUUGAGUGUGCGCGGGGCUGCUUUCUUUGCCCUGGGUCAGUUCUCGGAGAAUUUUCAGCCUGAUAUCAACAAAUAUUCUCCAGAAAUAUUGACAAUGCUUUUGGAAUAUCUUCGCCAAUUGAUAGGGGAUAUGAAACGAGGAACGAUACCAAUAACCAAACAUGUGGAUCAAUUGUUUUAUGCCUUAGAAAAGUGUUGCGAAUCAAUGGACAAGAUGAUUGACCAUCACUUACCCGGGGUAAUGGAUUGCCUCUUUAAAGCCUUGAAUUCACCACACACGCUUACAUUGAGGUCCUAUUGCUUGUCGGCUCUUGCUUCUGUUUCUGGUUCGGGCAAGCUUAUAUUGCCGUAUUUUCCUCAAAUUGUCGCUGUGAUGCAGAAUUAUUUGGUCAAGGACUGUGAUGAGGAGAUCGGUCGGCUACGUAUUAUAGCUAUCAAUACAUGGUCAGUUUAUGUUCGAAUCGUGGGCGUUGAAGUUAUGGCGCCUUAUUGCAACGAAUCGAUGGGCUAUUGCCUACUGAUGUUAUCAAAAGGUCCGGAUGAUCCAGAGGUUCGAUUUGCUAUUUACAAUCUUCUCGGAGCCCUUUCCAAUGUUUAUCGGGAGAAUAUGGCUGGAUAUCUACCCAAGAUAAUGGAUCGCAUCCUUCUAUCUGUUGUAUCACCAUGCGGUAUUCUGGCCGGAGGCAAGGAUUGCGGAGAUAAAAAAGACGUUGAUGGCGACGAUUUUGGUGAUAUGGUGGAAAAUGAUUACGUCACUGAAAUGGAGGAGGCGAUGUUUGCCCUCAAAGAAUUUUCAGAAACUACGGGCGCUGCUUUUGCCCCUUAUUUGCAGGCGGUGUUUGAGAAUGUAUAUAAAGUGAUUGAACAUCCGUUACCAUCAGUACGUAAGGCGUGUGUUGAGAGUCUCUCCAAAUUUCUGACGGCUUUCCAUCGCCUGGGCAAUGAAACGGCCUUUACCGAAUACUCUAAGAUUAUAGUACGCAAAUUCUAUGAGAUGAUUAUUAAAGAUGAUAACCGGACUGUGGUUGUUAAUAUUGUGGAUGAUUUAAUUGAUCUCAUCAGGGAUUUUGAGGCAGACGCUAUACAAUCUCAAGAGGUUGUGAAAUUGCUCUUCAAGGCCACCCGUAGGUUAUUGACCCAAUCAACUAGAUGUCAAAACUUUGAAGGACGUCAGGACAAUCUAGACGCGGCGGAAGGCAGUAGACUAGAUGAGAUGCUUAUUGGUUAUGCUGCUGGCUUAUUUGUGGAGUUGGGAUAUGCUACCGAACCGGCACAAUAUGCCGUAUAUUUUGACAAAGGUAUAUGCAUACUGUCUAAAAUGCUAAGAAUGGCCAUAGAUAAUAAUUGUGCUGCACGGAGGACUCUGAUAUACGAAACCAUCGCUGAUAGUAUCAAGCACCUGAACAUGCAAGUUGUCGACUAUUUUGAUUCCCUAUUUAAUGUUUUCUUUAAUGGGACAAAUGACGCAGAAGCCAAAUGUCGCCAGCAUUGCUAUUAUGGCCUAGGAGAGCUACUAUUUUAUGGAGAUACCAAAUCUCCAGGAGCUUGGCCUGAGGUUGUCAAAUGCAUAGCCAAUGCCAUGACAAAGGAGACGGAACCAGCUGUAAGAGAUCGCAUUUGCAGUGCCCUAUCACGUCUUUUGAUAACAAAUCCAACGGACUUUCAAUUUGAAGAGAUUCUAUCAGCCCUGUUAGAUCUCUUGCCCUUGCGUGAAGAAUUUUCGGACUAUGAUGCAAUUCUACAGGCUUUUCAAUAUGCUUAUACAGAGCCACCUGUGCUUAACCUCUUCAUCUAG